AUGAGCUCUCAACCAAUUGGCUUGACCACUAUUCCGAAGCUGCUUCCCGUCACAGGGACGUUCGCGCUACCUUUCACGGCAUACUACGCCAUUCUCAGCGUACGGGUCGUUCGCGAGAGACUCCAGAAGGAGCAUUACCUCGGAGACAACUCAUCCACGGCCACAUCCGACUGGAAGUCUUACAGAAACGACAGGCUUUACCUCCUCACGCGUGCUCACACAAACUUGGCCGAAAAUGUCCCGCUCGCCUUCAUUCUUGCUGCUUUGGUGGAGGUCAAUGGGGGAAGUCGCAAAGCUCUCAGCUGGUUUCUCGGAGGUUUUCUGGCGAUGCGUGUACUCCAUGCCGACUUCGGCAUCCUCAGUCAAGGCAUUGGCUUGGGCAGACCCGUCGGAUACUGGGGAAGCGUGGGCCUUCUAAGUGCCAUCGCUGGCUACAGUGCUUUCUUGGUCAAGGGGUAUUGGGGCCUUUGA